CCACGUCACCUUACGAUGAGGAUGAUGAUAAUGCCAGUGGGCCCUACUCCUCAUCUCGCCGCCUUCAUCUCUUGCCCCUCGCAGAUUGAAACCCACGCUUUUUAUACUUCUUUUUUGUAUAUUGCUGCAUGCACUCUCUGCAAAGAGGAAGUGAGCCCAGUCCCACACACACACGCACUACACUCCACGCUCCUUCUUAAAGGCAAAGACAACCCUGCGAAACAAGAAUUCCCAGGCAAACUUAAACCAAUGGGAGAGGGGGAGAAGAAACCGGAGGAAACCAAAAUGGAGGAGAAAAAGCCUGAGGAGCCAGAGAAGGCAGGGCCAGAGGAAGCCAAGCAGCAGGAAAAAUCGGUCGAUGACGCCAAGGAUGAGAAAAAACCGGAUGAAUCCAAAGACGCCGGCGACGGCAAGGAAUCUAAAGAACAAACUCCGCCGCCGCCGCCGCCUGAUAUUGUGCUUAAAGUUUACAUGCAUUGCGAAGGUUGUGCUCGCAAGGUUCGUCGCUCGCUAAAGGGAUUUCCAGGGGUGGAAGAAAUUAUCACGGAUUGUAAGGCCCACAGAGUUGUUGUGAAAGGAGAGAAGGCAGAUCCGCUUAAGGUUUUGGAAAGAGUACAGAGGAAGAGUCACAGACAGGUCGAGCUUCUUUCUCCGAUCCCAAAACCGCCGGUGGAAGAGGAGAAAAAACCCGAAGAGAAAGAGAACCCUAAGUCUGAGGAGAAGAAAGAAGAGCCUGAGAUAGUGACAGUCGUCCUGAAAGUUCACAUGCAUUGCGAAGCCUGCGCGCAGGAAAUCAAGAGAUGCAUCCAGAGAAUGAAGGGAGUGGAAUCGGCGGAGCCGGACCUGAAGAAAUCGGAGGUGAGCGUGAAGGGGGUGUUUGAAACGGCGAAGUUGGUUGAAUACGUGCACAAACGCACCGGGAAGCAGGCGGUGAUAGUGAAGCAAGAGCCUGAAGAGAAGACGGAGAAAACAGAGGAAGGAGGGAAAGAGGAGAAGAAAGGGGAAGGAGGAGAGAAAGCAAAGGAAGGGGAAGAGAAGAAAAGAAGAGGGAGCGAAGGGAAAGAAGGCGCAGAAACAGAGGAGACCAAGGUGGUGGAGUUGAAGAGGAACGAAUACUACUAUUAUCCUCCGAGGUAUACCAUGGAGAUGUACGCAUACCCGCCUCAGAUCUUCAGCGACGAGAACCCAAAUGCUUGCUCUGUUAUGUAAAAAAUGAGAAAUGAGAGGGGUAAUACGGGAAUAAGGAAAAUUUUUGGGUGAUUUCCACCCCUGCCUAUCUGUCCUGCACCCACUACAUGUGCCCCUGUACUUUUUCCUGUGUUAGAAUUAUAAGUAUAAUCUACAGACCAUCUCUGCUGUGGAGUUUUUGUAAGACUUGUACUUUCUGGUCAACUGCUUCAUAAAUGAAAAUAUAAAUA